UCGCAGCCGGUCCGCCGGAGCGCGAGCUCACUCCGCCAGGAAGCGGCCGGCGUCCCCGCGCAGGGAGCAGUACAAUUUAAAUCAUGGACAACAAACAAAAUGCACACAUGACUGCUCCUCAGCCAGGACCACAUUUACCAGCUGGGUACGCCCCUCAGUACCCACCAGCAGCAUUCCAAGGACCUCCUGGACAUGCAGGCUACCCUGGCCCCCAGGCUGGCUACCCACCCCCACCAGCUGGCUUUUACGGUGCCACCAGCACUGGCUUUCCUGUCCACAAUCAGCCGGUGUACAGUCAGCAAGGUGGCCCUGCUGGAAUACCAUGGAUGCCAGCACCAGCAGCUCCACUGAACUGUCCACCUGGAUUAGAAUAUUUGUGCCAGAUUGAUCAGCUACUGAUUCAUCAGCAAGUUGAACUUCUGGAAGUCCUAACAGGUUUUGAAACCAAUAACAAAUAUGAAAUUAAGAACAGCCUUGGUCAGAGGGUUUACUUUGCAGUAGAGGAUACUGAUUGCUGUACCCGAAAUUGCUGUGGACCUGGUAGACCUUUUACCAUGAAAAUUCUUGAUAACAUGGGCCGAGAAGUCAUGAUGCUGGAGAGACCACUAAGAUGUAGCUCCUGUUGUUGCCCUUGCUGUCUUCAGGAGAUAGAAAUCCAAGCACCUCCCGGCGUUCCGGUAGGUUAUGUUAUUCAGACCUGGCACCCCUGCCUGCCAAAAUUCACCAUUCAAAAUGAGAAGCGAGAAGAGGUACUGAAAAUCGCUGGCCCAUGUGUCGUAUGCAGCUGCUGUGGAGAUGUUGACUUUGAGAUUAAAUCCCUUGAUGAAGAGAGUGUGGUCGGCAAACUGUCCAAACACUGGACCGGGUUUGUGAAAGAGGCGUUUACAGAUGCAGACAACUUUGGGAUCCAGUUCCCGUUGGACCUGGAUGUGAAAAUGAAAGCUGUGAUGUUGGGCGCAUGUUUCCUCAUUGAUUUCAUGUUUUUUGAAAAGAGUGGAGGCCAGGAACAGAGAGCAGGAGUUUGGUAGUGGAUGAAUGAGAACUUCCUCAAAAAAUUUCAAGUCCACACAUUUCUUGGGACUAUCCAAAUGGACAAAUCAUUUCUUUUUUUCUGCAUUAAAGUUAUAUGUAAUGUAUUAAUUAUAUUUAAUGCAUGAAUGCCCUAAGCUUCAAGUAUAUAUUUUCCAUGUUUCAAAUUAUAGAGUUUGUUUUCUGUAUUACUGGUUUAUAAAUGCCUUUAUACAUUUUCUUUGAAUCUUAUAUAUGUGUGAUUAAAAAACUACUUUGAAUUACAAAUGCUGAUAUAUUUUUCAUUUUUAUAGCAAUGUUUGAAAAAUUAUCACUGAAAUAGUUUUAAUAUACAAAUUUAUUGUUUAUAAUUAAAAUGUAUCCCAUGUAAUAGUAUUUGAAAAUGCUGUAUAUUCAAGAAAGUUAAAAAUUAAGUUUUCAUUUCAUUUACCAUUAUGUUUUCAAAUCCUUAGUAAAUCACGAUAUGGUCAACUUCUACAAGUUAAUUUGGCUACUAUAAGCUUUUCAUAUGAACUAUACAAUCAACUACCUAAAACAAAUAAAAACAUUGUUUUUCCCAGAGAAGUACACCUUUUGAAUACUCGCUUGCUUGAAAUCUGGGUAUUGUUGUAUGUUUUGAAGUAAUUAUUUGUACGUAGAAAGGUCGUCUUGUAUGUACCAGUUUACCCAGGUGCCAGGGACAUUGAACGUACAUAUAUGUGCCUUCAGAGAAUGUCAGCUUCAGUGACCACACACCUGAAUUAAAAGUUCCUUAUUGAAUAA